UAUUCCUCUCACCAAUCUCUGUUGGAAUUCUGAGCUUUGUCCCUCUCCAAUGUCACAACCCCUCUCCCUCCUCCCUCCAAACCCUAACCCUAACCCUAACCCUAACCCCGAUCCUUCUCCUUCCACCUCUCAACCUCCUCCCCCUCCUCUGCAAUGGCGCGACCUCGCGGUAUCCUGGCUCUCCUCCCACUCAACUCCUCCCACCGCCACCGAUCUCGACUCCUGGAUCGAGUCCAAUCUCCAUUCCCUCCCUGAAUCCCUCCGAUCGCUCCCCCGGCCUGAGCUCCACCGCCGCAUCAUUUCCCUCUUCAAUCCGGCUCCCACCCAGGUCUCCAACCCUUCUCCGUCUGAUCCUCUUCAUCCUUACAGGUUUCAGCGUACAGACCAGUGGAUGCCAGUGUACUCGUGGCUGGAGUCAUUGGAUGCUGAUAGUCUGGUGGAUUCUAAGGAGAUCAUGGCGUGGCUCGAAUCGAACCGGAAGGUGUAUGACAUGCUGCUCUUGAAACAUUCCAAGUAUCAUUUGAUGCAUUAUAUUCAGAGAUUGCACUUGAAGGUUCUCAAGAAGAAAGGGAAGGUUCCCAAGGGUGUUCAGCUGUCUACUGCUAGGGCUUCAGUGAAGAUUGCCAGUGGCAAGUUGACAACAGAUGCAGUUCCUCUCCAAUGUAAAUCUCCUAGCAAUGUAAUGAAGGACAAAGAGAUGUUCUUGAAUAAAAAAAGUGAAGCUUUUUUUCGGUAUGAGCUUUUGACUGAUUUGCAGAACCAACUGACCCGUGUUCUAUCCAAAAAUAAACACGCAACCAACUUGAGAAAUUCUCCUUCCUUACCCUUAUCUAAGCAACCAUUGAAGGAUAAUUCUGGUUGUCAGCCAAGCAUGGUGGAUAAAAAUGCAAAAUUCAAGUCUGGGGAGACACCUAACUUUUUAGAUGCCAUCAGUAUCCAAGUGACUGAGCAGUUGAGGCCUGGAUCUUUAUUAGAGACCGUAGGUGGACAAAAGAGAAAGAGGGAACCUGCUAUAGCAAUUCCUGCAUGGUCCAGUAGUGAAGCUAUUUUUGGAACCUUUAGAGGUGAUCAACCUUUAAGUUCACAUUAUGGAGAAGUAGGGACACAUGAUAUUAGCAGAAAAAAUGCUCAGGUUUCAUUGGCACAGAAAUAUUCUGAUAGGAGAAACAUAGCAACCUGCUUACAAGGGCGGGAAAUAGGUUUUAGGGGUUAUGAUGCAAGGAAUCAUGGAAACUGGAGUUCAUUUCUUAAAGGUUGGAGAUCACUUGGCCGACAAUUUGAUGGGCCUGCUGUCUGGUUUGAAAGAAGAAGUUAUUCCUCAUGGGUCCCUACUUGGUGUGCCUAUACAUCAAAUGUUGCUGUUGCUCAAACUCUUGGCAGGCAAGGUGUUCAAAAGGUUUUAGAUGUCAGAUUUCAUCCAGAAGGCCUUCCCCAGCUUGUUUGUAGCUGCAAUGAGGCACCAAAUGAGCUGUUACUGUAUAAUCUUCUUUCUGGAAGAGCAACUCAACUAAGUGGUCAUAAUUGCCAGAUCCAAGCUGUUGAGUUUGCAGUAAGGGGUGCAAGUGUGGUUUCUUGUGGUGCCAACCUUUUAAAGGUUUGGGACUGCAUAACUGGUUCAUGUCUAUUUACAUUGGGCUCUGUUGGUGUUGAUCGGUCAUUGGUUGGGCACUCAAAAAAAAUCCAUGCUAUGACAGUUAAUACAUGGCAAUCCUGUCUUGUUGCCACAAGUGGUGGUAUCGGGGAUGACAAACUUCUCCUUUGGAAUGCUUUACGUGGAGAACUUGCUGCUGAUUUAAACAUGAAUCUCAGGGCAAAAGAUCAGUGUCUUCCUUCCAUUGAUGCAAUGGAGUUCUGUGGUGAGCAUCUCCUGGUUUGUGGAAGUGAUUGUGCAUAUAAUGGCCCUGCUCUAGUGCAAUUAUGGGAUCUUGGGUCUCCAAAUUCCUGUGUAUCCUUUCCCGCACAUGAUUCUUUCAUAACUUCACUGAAAAUAAAUUCAGCUUGCAACACCAUUAUAACAGGUGCUGGAGACGGAACUAUUGGUUUAUUUGACAUCCGAAGUUGUGAUGCUAUUGGUUAUCUUUCUGUUGGAUCUGGUUAUGAGGUAGUUGUGUGUGGGUGGAUCACAUCAGCUUCAUUUAGCAGCUGUGGAACUUAUUUUAAUGCAUCCAGUACAUCAAAUAACACAAUAGUGUGGGAUACACGACUGAUGCCAAUGAACCGUGGGCAGAUGCCCAUAGAGAUGUCUCACCGGGGAAGUGGUAUGCAUUACAUGAGGCCUUUGCAUUGCUUGAGUCAUGGGAAUCAAAUGCCAACUGCUGAAAAUUCUGGCCAACUUCCUGGCCAUGUUGAUGAGGGUGAUCAGGGAGUAAAUGAUGCUCGGUGGCUUAACAAAGAGCCCAUAUUAGUUACUGUGAGUGGUGAUGGGUGUCUUGCAAUGUGGGAUGUUACACUUGGAAAGCCUUGUGUCAGGCAUAUAAUUAGUCAUGCAAGAUGUGCUAAUACAGUCGCUGUUUCAGGAAAUGAUGAAUACCUUUGUAGCGGAGGCGAUGAUCAAAAAAUUGUUUUGUACCAUAAUGAAAAAGCAAGAGCAAGGCAAAAUUGGCGCUUAUCCCAUCCAAUUAUAGAGAAGAAUUAGUCAUGUCUGAGUGUGAUGGACUCAUUGUUUGUAAAAAUAGAAUUAGUUGCUGAUCUAAAAUUUGGAAGGUUUCCUUAUGCACACCUGUGGAAAUGAAGCCGAUGAUGUUGUAACUCAUGGAGGUCCAAAGGAACAUGGUUUAGAUUCUGCAUGAUCAGAAAUUUUUUUGCGUGAUGAUGCAUCUUUAGUUCUCUCCAUCCUUUGCCUUCAGGCAUGUUUCUUAUGUUUUCAUUCGUCAGGUGAGACAGGAAACGCUGCAAUAAUUAAUUGACAAUAUGAUAUCAUUACGUGGAGUUAAACGCCAGAAAAACUAAUUUUAGGUAAGAGGGACUUUCUUUUUUUUAUAACUGAACACAUAAGAUGAUUUGUUGAUUUUAUGGGGGUGUAUGUAUGAAUGUAUGUAUCAUCUGAUCACUCAUGUUAGUGCUUGUACAUAUGCUGAAAAGAAGAACAACUUAGGUUGUUGCAUU